CAAUUUCCUUGAACUGUCACUAACCAUCAGCGUUAGGUCAAUGUCAAAAUUGUAAAUAUAAAAUAAUUAUCGAAUAAUUUAUUUUUUUAAUUUCUAUGCAACUACAUUAAAAUUAUGCAUUUACCAUUAAUCAUAAUUACAAGCCUAUUGAUCAGCGCUGCUAGCCAUGAUUCUGACUUAGGCUAUUGCGAUAUAUCUACAAAAAGCUGUAGCAACGAAGUCACCGCUGUCGAAGAUUCAAAAUUGAUAUUUUACGAUGUAAAUCCACCCGAAGGGUUUAAUUUACGACGUGAUGUGUACAUGAGGUUUGCUAUUAUGUUAUCGGGGGCAAUAAAACGCGGCAGAAAAAAUUGGAGGUUAAUUUUGCCGCCUUUCCAUAGAUUGUACCACUGGCGAUCGAUGGUCGAGAAGAACGAUCCUAUUCCUUGGAGUGCGUUCUUUGAUGUAGAAUCUUUAAAAUCUUUCGCGCCAGUUUUAGAGAUUUACGAAAUAUUUGGUGAAAGAAAAAAAAUAAAAAUCGACACAUUGUAUGUGUUACUAAACUUUGAGGAUCCAUUCGAGAAUGGUGUUUUUUAUGAAAAGUGGCAAAUUGUGAAAGAAUGUGACUAUGAUGGUGGUUUUUGGGGAUACAAGAACAUAACGGUGGGGGAAAUUGUGUGUGUGAGAUUCCAGGGGAAAAUUUCUAAGCUAUGGGAAAUAAUAAUGCAACAUCCGAAUGAUAAGAAAGUCAUGUUUGCACAUGGAGAGAUACCAUUACAUGAUAGUUAUGGUACGAAAAUUUAUUGGGAUUGUCGCAAGAGCAUGAAAUUUAAUACGAACCUUAUUGAAGUAGCAAAAGAGUAUAUCUUUGAAAAUCUCGACUGUAAUAUUGAGAAAUGUGAAAGUUAUAUCAGUGUGCAUUGGAGACGGCAAGAUUUUGCCUACAGUCGUAGUAGUGACGUACCGUCUAUAGAUGGCACUAUUACACAAAUCGACGCUGCAUUUAAAAAACAUGCACCAAACAUUAAAAAAGUAUUCAUAGCAUCUGAUGCAAAAGCCACCGAGUUGAAGCAAUUGGAAACUAAACUUACUGAUUUAGGUUAUAAAGUCUAUAUCUAUUUGCCAAAUAAAAAACAAAUAGACACAUACAGAGAUGGUGGUAUUGCAAUAAUCGAACAGAUUAUUUGCGCACACAGUGCUUAUUUUAUUGGUACGCACGAAAGCACAUUCACAUUUCGGAUACAGGAAGAGAGGGAGAUACUUGGGUUUCGUAGCAGUACUACAUUUAACAGACUUUGCCCAGACAGGGGGAGAUGUGAGAGACCUUCCAAAUGGACUAUAAUUAAUUAGUUAAUUUUGUUAAGGAUAUGAAAUUGUUUUAGGUUAUGUUAUAAAAACACAAGUGCCAAUUAAUUACUUGUAAAAAAAUGUGAUACCUAAUCUCAAUAAUAGUUGUUAAUUAUAAAAGGGAAGCUUUAACAAAUUUAAUAUUUUAAAACUGUAUUAUAUAGAUAUUUUACAUAAAUAUAAAGAUCAGAUACGUAAAUAUCCAUAAAUAACCCAAUAGAUUUAAUAAUAUUUAUUACACAAAACCUUGCAAUCUAUAUUAGCCACAAUGGGCAAUUGUAAAAAGUUCCUAAAACACUAUCCUAACAUGAUGUACAAUCAUUGAUUAUUGGUGCUGCCUCUGUAGAGCAAUUUAGGAACUAAAAUUACUAUUGUGAAUUUUAUCUUUUAAAAAUCGCAUUGAAGGAAGGUUAAACCAUCUAGCUAUUUGAAAGCAAUUCUACUAUGUAAUACUUAAAUAUACUAAUUGCUUACCAAGUGUUUGCUGGUAAAUCAUCUACCCCUCUUGCAUCUAUAGUAUAUGAACUAUAUCUGGUGUUUUUGGCCUGUGGCAAAAUGUUUUUUUAAAAGCAUUCUAUUUUUUUUUUAUACAACUUAGAAUGGCAAACAAGCUGACGGUCCACGUGAUGAAAAGUGAUAACCGUCACCUAUAGACAUGAGCAGUACCAUGGACAUAACAGAGUAUACUGUUACGCCCAUGAUACCCCCCAUGCGUUGCCAUUCCUGAGGACUCGGGUGUUAUUCCUCUGUACCCAGUAAAUUAAAAUUGUAUUUGUGGCAUCUAACAUCGUUUGAACCUCGAUCAUCUGGGCAGACCACUACUGAAUAUAUUUCCUCGCAAAUAAUCAUCUGUAUAUAACAGAUAUUUAAGUAAAAAUUUGCAGGGGCAUGCCAUUGUAACGUCUACAAAUAAAACAAUAGGUAAUAUGUACCUAGAA